AUGGUAAUCGACCGUUUAGUGUCCCCUUACCAAUCUGCCUUCAUUCCGGGGCGUUGGAUAGCCGAGGCCUCAAUCUUAACUCAGGAGAUAGUGCAUACGAUCAAGAAAAAGAAAGGGAGAGGUGGUCUUAUGGCUAUAAAGAUCGAUAUGCACAAAGCCUACGAUCGAAUAGAAUGGCCCUUUUUGCAGAGAGUGUUGGAAAACCAUGGUUUCAAUGAUGUAGUUGUGAAGUUGAUUAUGCAAUGUGUAAGUACUGUCUCUUAUUCAGUUUUGCUCAAUGGUAAACCUCAAAAGAAGAUCUAUCCUGGGAGAGGAUUGAGGCAAGGGGACCCCAUAUCUCCCUAUUUGUUUGUUCUAUGUAAUGAUGUGCUCUCAAGGAUGCUUGAUCGAUCCCAAGACAGGGGUGACAUUCAUGGAAUUAAGAUCUCAAGGGAAGCCCCGGCGGUGACUCAUUUAAUGUUUGCGGAUGACACCUUGCUCUUUUCUAGGGCCAAUACCAUGGAAGCAAGCAUCAUUGGAGACUGUUUAAAAAAGUUUGAGGGAUGGUCGGGACAAGUGUGUAGCAAGCAAAAAUCGGGCAUCCUUUUCUCUUCUAACUGUGUAAAGUCAAUGAAAGAGAACAUCGAAGCGCAGCUGGGGAUUAGUACUAUCAAUGAUGAGGAAAAAUACUUGGGAAACCCCUUUGUGUUCUCGCGUCGAAGGAAGAAGGAUUUUGAUUUCAUCCGAAGCAAGCUAAAACAGCGAUUGGAGGGGUGGAAGAUGCGUACCCUUUCUUAUGCGGGGAGGAUGGUGGCGGUUUCUUCCAUAGCCUCGGCCAUUCCCUCGUAUUCGAUGUCCACCUUUCAAUUACCUCUCUCAUCCUGCAGGGAGUUAGAUGCCUUAACUCGGAAAUUUUGGUGGAAUGGGAGCCUUGAAAAACAACGCUUCCUUGCAACCAUUUCUUGGGAUUCUCUAUGUCGGCCCAAAUGGUCGGGUGGUUUGGGUUUCAGACGGAUGGAAGACGUUAACAAUGCCUUACUGUCAAAAUUGGCUUGGUUAUUGGCUUCUGGUGAUCGAAGACUGUGGGCUGUGGCUCUUCAAGCGAGAUAUUUUCCACGGGAAUCCUUCUGGUCUGUUCAGAAGAAGAGUGGAGAUUCUUUUAUUUGGAGAGGUAUCCUUGAUGCAAGACAAGUCAUUCUUCAAGGGUCUUGCAUGGUGAUAGCCACAGGGGAGUCAAUUAAUCUAUGGUGUCAACCGUGGAUCCCUUGGCUAAGCUAUGAAGAUUUUAGAGAACUCAUGGAGUCUAUCCGAUGCAAAGCUCCUAGUCUCCUUUCGGUUGCGGACUUGAUGUAUCGAAGAGAAAAGAAAUGGAACACAAACUACCUUUGCUUCUUAUUUGGUGAGGACUUGGGUAAGCGGAUUAGUCACAUUCAGAUUGCUCAGGAGUUGGGUAAUGACCUGUUAAUUUGGAAGGAAGCAAAUAGAGGAGUCUUUUCUGUAAAAGAGGCUUAUGUAAUGGGUCAAAAAAGUCGGUUUGGGAGCAUAGAGCCUCUGUGGAAGUGGAUUUGGAAGGAGAACCUUCAUCCCCGGAUGAGGAUGAUACUUUGGCGCGCAAUAGCAGGUGCUCUGCCCACGGGAGACAAAAUCGGAGCAAUGCAAUUGUGUUGCUUUUGUUCAAAGGAGAUGGAAUCUCCUCUGCAUAUCUUUGUCCAAUGCCCCUUUGCUGUAGCCUUAUGGUUUGGGUCCCCUGUCCCCAUCCGAUCCUCCAUGGUGUCAACAGAUUCUCUCAAGUCCUUCGUUAUAGAGUUGUGCUCUGGCCUAGAACCUGAACCAAGGUAUCGUUUCCUCCUUUGUCUGGCUGUGAUCAUUGAUACCUUAUGGUUUUUUCGAAAUGAAUGCCGGCAUGGCAAAGAUCCGAAUCUCAACGUCAAUGAUUCAUUAAGGAUAGUUUGGAAGAAAUAUGGUGAAUUCAGCCAGUAUGAAGAGAAUGGAGAAGUGGUUCUUCAAAAGGAAAGGAUAUAUACUGAAGUGGACUUUACCAGUUCCCAAAAAAGGAAGCUGAUUAUGGUGGACGGAUCGUUCUCUAAAGGUAAGAUUGGUGCUGGUUUCCUCGCGUGGAAUCGUGACACAAAUGACUGGUUUUAUGAGGCAAAGUCUGCUGUUGGGGAGAAUGCGGUGGUAGCUGAGGUUUUUGCUUGGUUCAUUGCUCUGCAGUGGGCCACGAACAACAAUUGGGAUGACUUGGUUAUCAUUUCAGACUCUGCAGUAGUUUUGGACGCCUUCAAGAAGGAGAGACAUCCCAACUGGCAUUGUAUUUCGUGGUUCUCUUCUGCUUUAAAGAUGAAACGAAGUCUUUCUGAUGUAACAUUGCAACAUACUAACCGCACUUACUUAGCUUUUGUUGAUAAUCUUGCUAAGAGUGCUCGCUUAUCUGAGAGCGAUGUUCCUUGCUGUAAAGGGGAGGGAUUUCCCCCUGUGGAUCCCAUUUUCUCAGUUGUUAAUGAAGUUUGA